CAGUCAGAGUAGACACGGAGACAGACAGAGACGGAGCGGCUGUGUUUGGGAGUGUUUACGGCCGCCUGCGCUGCACGACAUCCACUAAAACUGUUGUAGUUAAGAAUACUCUGCCAUUUUUUAUUAGAGGCCUCGAAGCCGUCGGAGUGUACUCAGCGAGGACAUGUAGCUCAAACCGGGUUCGCUCUUCGUGCAGACGCGGUUAACUUUUUUUUUACACGAGUCGUCGAGCGGUUGCGGAUAGUUUUUCUGAAUAUCAGCGGAAGUCCGACAAGGAUUGGAAAAAAAAAAAAAAAAAACCCCGGUGCUCGGAGACGUAGACUCGAUGUUUUAAACAAAGAACUGCAGGGAUUUACGCGGUUCGGUCCUCUUUUGUAACUUUUUCUCUUAAAAUCCCGAGCAGCGGUGCAUGUUGUUGUAGUAGCUUACGUUAACGGUUGCUAAUGUUAGCAUGCUAGCUGGUUAGCUGUCAGCCUAGCUCCACUGUUCCGUUGCUGCUGCUGCUGCUGUUGUGUGUUCAACUUUUUUCAAUGACCAUGUCCUUCAGAGGUUUUUGCAACAGGUAGACGUUUUGCAAACACGAUGAAGCAGUUAAACGCUUCAGACAUUUAGAAACUUGUAUAUUUCUUAUGCUUUGUGACUUGUAGUGCGGGCUUUAGUUUUUUUUUGUUGUUGUUGUUGCUGUUGUUGUUGUUUUGAAGAUUGUUCCCGCAUCUCUUCUGAGUGCUCCAACGAUGCAUCCUUUGCACUAAACCCUGAAAAAACCCCACCGACCAUGUUGGAUCAUACAGAAUAACACAAGACGGGCUUCUUCAAGCUCUGGCAGUUUUUUUUUUUUUUUUUUUUUGCUCCAUAAUUUUGGAGCCGAUGUGAAAGAGGAAAAAAAAAAAACCUUUAACUCGACCCGGGGGAAUACAAUAAAAAAAUAAGCUCGCGUGAAGUCAGUCCGUGCAUCAAAAUGUCGGCCAUCUCUGCAUCCGAGAAAGUGGACGGCUUUACGAGGAAGUCCGUGAGGAAGGCGCAGAAGCAGCGAAAAUCCCAAGGCUCCUCUCAGUACCGCACGCAGGGAGCUCCGGUGGAGCUUUCUCCUUUGCCGCAGCUCAAAGAUGCCCCCUCCACGGAGCAGCAGGAACUGUUCACUCAGAAACUCCAGCAGUGCUGCAUGCUCUUCGACUUCCUGGACUCGGUGACGGACCUGAAGAGCAAGGAGAUCAAGAGGGCCACGCUAACCGAGCUGGUGGACUACGUUUCCACCAACAGGGGCGUGCUGGUGGAGUCGGCGUACCCGGAGAUCACUAAUAUGAUCAGUACCAAUAUCUUCCGGGCUCUUCCACCGAGUGAAAACCCAGAUUUUGACCCAGAAGAGGACGAACCCACUCUAGAGGCGUCAUGGCCUCACAUUCAGCUGGUCUACGAGUUCCUGCUGCGCUUUUUAGAGAAUCCAGACUUCCAGCCCACCAUCGCAAAGAGACAUAUUGAUCAGAAGUUUGUCCUUCAGCUGCUGGAGCUGUUCGACAGCGAGGACCCGAGGGAGAGGGACUUCCUGAAGACCAUCCUGCAUCGGAUUUAUGGAAAGUUCCUCGGGUUGCGAGCCUUCAUCAGGAAGCAGAUCAACAACAUUUUCUUGCGGUUCAUUUAUGAAACCGAACACUUCAACGGAGUCGCCGAGCUGCUGGAGAUUCUGGGAAGUAUCAUCAACGGGUUUGCGUUGCCUCUGAAGGCCGAACACAAGCAGUUCCUGAUGAAGGUGCUCAUCCCGCUGCACACCGCCAAAGGACUGGCCCUUUUCCAUGCACAGCUGGCCUACUGUGUGGUCCAGUUCUUGGAGAAGGAUCCUACGCUCACAGAGCCGGUGAUCCGUGGUCUGCUCAAGUUCUGGCCCAAAACCUGCAGCCAGAAGGAGGUGAUGUUCCUGGGAGAGAUCGAAGAGAUCCUUGAUGUCAUCGAGGCUUCGCAAUUCAAAAAAAUCCAGGAGCCGCUUUUCAAGCAGAUCUCUAAGUGUGUUUCCAAUCCACAUUUUCAGGUAGCAGAGCGAGCGCUUUACUUCUGGAAUAACGAGUACAUCCUCAGCCUCAUCGAGGAGAACAUUGACAAGAUCCUUCCCAUCAUGUUCGGCAGCCUGUACAGAAUCUCCAAAGACCACUGGAACCCGACAAUCGUAGCUCUGGUCUACAACGUGCUGAAGACACUGAUGGAGAUGAACUGCACACUGUUCGAUGAGUUGACCUCCUCUUAUAAGGCAGACAGGCAGCGGGAGAAGAAGAAGGAGCAAGAGAGGGACGAGCUGUGGAAGAACCUGGAUAAGCUACGGCUCAGUAACACCGCUCUGGUCCAGAACAACAGCCACGGGCUCCCAGGUGUCCAAAACAACAACAAUAACAACAACAACAACAACAGUAGUAGUAGUAGUAGUAGUAACAAUCACAGCGACAACCAGGACAAGAGCACUGAAGCUGAAGCUGAAGCUGAUGCUAACGCUAAUGCUAAUGCUGAUGCUACUGCUGCUGCUGCUGCUGCUGCAGAUGAGAAAGAUCCUGACGUUAGCGUGACGCCCAGCGAGAGCACCACAUGUGCCAAAUGACAGCGGAUGUCAUGUUUUUUUUAUUCCAUAAAUGGUUUCGACACCAUGAUCUGUGAGUGUCAGGAGAGAAUUAAUGUAAAAAAAAAAAGAAAAAAAACACACACACAAAUUACACCUCAGCAGUAUAUUAAAUCUACUUAGAGUGAUAAGAAAGCCAGCAUUUCUUUGGCAGUAAAAAAAACAAAAAUAAAAAAACAAAAAACAUACAGUAUAAAUAAAUAAAUAUAUAUAUAUAGAUAUAUAUAUAUAUUUCAACUUCAGACUAUUUUUGGAUGUUACAGUGUGGCUGCAGUAUAUUGUUUAUUUGUCUGAUCAAAGAUUUAUCCUUUCACAUUUAGUUUCUUAACUGAAAAUGAUAAAUGAUUUUUUUUUUCUUUUUUUUUUUUUUUUCCGUUAUAUUCAUUCUAUGAUACGUGGGAGGGGAGAAAAUAAUGAUGACUUGAAUCUAAUGUUUCCGAUCGUGCUGCACUUAGAAAAGCUGAAUAGCUAUUUAAAGAUGUCUAUUUUUAAUGUGCUUUUCCUCGUUGCUGCCAACGUUUGGGUGCAAACCUUAAGAGAGAAGGGAAUGGCAGAUUUUUUUUGGGAGUGUUUCGGGCAGAUGGGACCAGACCCCCCCUCCACCCCACCCUGAGAAAACAUUAGGCAUUAAGUGUCUCUUGAUGUACAGAGAAGGAGCGUUGUAGGUAGAGUAUAGGGGGGUGCGUGGCCAAAAAUCAUGAAUCAUAGAGAAACGAAUCCCUGAUAUGAAGCGACUCAGCUUCAGGCUUCAGGUGGAUUUAAAACUGAUUAACUGUUAGGGUUAAAUGUCAUAUUUGUGAGUCUAUUUUUGUGUGUCAGGUGUUGGUAAAUAUUUUUUUUUUUUUUCAUCUGGGUGAAAACAUGAAGCUAAUAGAUGUAAAUAAAGCGACGGCUGCGUUUAUAACAUGAUUUACACUAAAGUAUUGAGAGAGGGCAUUCAGUAAAUAUCUGGGAUUGAGGGAAUAAUUCAACAUUUCGGGGGAAACGCUCGCGUUAUUCUGCCAUAAAAAUACAGGGGGGGUGAAUGUGAAGCUGCAGCUAAGUUAGCUUAGCAUAAAUAGAGGAAACGGAGGAGGCAUGUUUAACGCCCAGACAUGUUUAAACAUGAACGCAGGGGGCGGAGCAUUUAAAUUUUAGCACACGCCCCUCAGUGCAGAUUGAGUCAUCAACAUUUCUACAUAAUUUUCCAGGAAAUUAGAAACUCAAAACAUCUUGUUAAUCAUUGCUGGACCUGAUAUUCUCUUUAAAACUCAGGUGUCAAACAUAGGGCCCGAGGGCCAAAAAGCGGCCUUUUAAGAUGUCUGAUCUGGCCCACAGCAUGAAUUUUAAGUGUGAAAAUUACAAGAGGACUGCAAUUUUUUUUUUGCAGACUCAGGACUGAACAGAAAUAUAUUUGAAGGAUAAAUAUAUUAUUAAAUGUAAACAUUCUCCUAAUUGACUUGUUCUUCUUUGCACUUAAACAAAUGGAAAAAAAAAUCUCGAGUUGUCGUUACUUACAGGUUAUUAUGCUGUUGUGUUGCUCGUCUGGGCCCCAUGAGACCAAACUGGGCUGAAUUAAGAUAAGUUUGACCCCCCUCCUGUCUUAAAGCAACCAUCUGUAAUGGUGAAUGAGACAUAUCAUAUAAAAACACUUCAACAUUGAAUUUUCUUUUCACGGGUAUUUUACAGUAGUUGUGUGCUCCGCUAUAUAUUUUUUUUAGUUUAAAUCUCGCUAGCUGUUCAACCCUGUUUCCAAUCCUAAUGCUAAGCUAAUUGGUUGCUAGCUGUAACUUAAUAUUUACCCUGCAGUAAAACAAGUAUUUCCCAAAAUGUUGAACCAUUUCUUUAAAAUGACAGAUUUAAAAAGAUUAAAAAAAGUAAAUACAUUAAAAAAAAAAUCACACACACAAGACCUACAGUACUAUAUUUUUCCAGAGUAUUGUCAAGGCUAAUAUUUUUGAAAGCUUUGAUGUUUCUGAUGGAUUAUUAUGACGGGACGCAGGAUGUGCUUGAGUGUAUAUUUGUUGCGUGCGUGUGUGCGUUUGCUUGGAGGCUACUUAAAGGGAAAUGCCACUCGGUUUCAGAUUUUAUGUACAGUGUAACGUUUCUGUGGUCUAGGAAAGUGCAGUCAGUGGUUAUAGAAACAUAAAUGGUUCUCUCUCUCAAAGCUGAACACUUACCUGGCAUUUGAUUAUUAUUAUUACUUUUUUUUUUAUAACCAAACAAGACUCAUCAUGAUGUUGAAAAUAGCACCAGAAAACCCCGCUGGAUUGUCGUUUCAAGCAGUCUUUUACCACCAAUGCCUGUUCGCUGUUUUUUUUUUUUUUUUCUUUUGCUUUUAGUCUCUAGUUUUCUGACGUCGAGAGCCGAUUAAUUGUGUUUGGUUAUAACUUAACCUGACUGCCACAGGUCAGAGGAGCUUUUAAAGUGAACGGUGUUCCCUCUGAACCUCGGUGUCUGCUCUUUUUAAGUUCAUAUUUUAGGUCCAGUCUAUUCUGAUGCCUUUUCUGUCAGUACAGCAUUCCAGCCUCUGUGACGUUUAAAGGAACUAUGUGGGGAACCUGUUUUGUAAUCACAGAUCUUAUUUAGGUUUCACCAUCAAAUAAAGUCUACUCUAUCUUUCUAUCAAAGCCUAA